AUGUCAGCUGCCGCUGUUCUUCACGCUCUGACCUCUGCUCCGCCUUAUUGGACCGCUGAUGAGCAGCUGCUGGACGUGGCUGGUCGCGAACAAGCCCUUCUCGACGUCUGCGCCGAGUGCCACCACCAACCCUCUGCUCCGGUGGCCCUCACUUCUCAGCCUCCGACACUACCCACUCCGGCCUCUGCUGAGAUGAUGCGGCAACCUCAUCCCGCGCCGACCGCGGCCGGCGCGUAUGCCACCGAACCCGUCCCUGUCGGCCUCGAUGGUCUCUCUGAUCUGAGCCGCGUGGUCAUGAUCCACACGGGUAACGUCCGCCGCUGCAAUCACCAGUUGCACGCAAAGACCUCCACUAAGAACGAGUGCCCGCAUGCGCUCAUCCCGUUGCCUCAUCGCGUACAGAUCACCACUGCCCUCAAGUGCACCAUGCAUUGUUGGCGCAAGUACAAUUCGGGCGACUAUGUUCUCGCCAACGACUUUAUUGGCCAUCCCAAACUCAUGGACAAGAUCAAACCCGAGGAGCGCGCUGAAAAGUCUGUCACUGCCAAGCUCUUUGUCCUUGACCAUUACCGUGCAGGUUUUGCGUCAGACGCUCUGCGCAGUGUGAUUUCUACCUUGAACCUUGAGUACAUUGAUACCCUCAUUGCUGACCCUGUCGCUGAUGGACCUUCGAGCCUGACCUCCAGCGGCAUGUGGGAGGAUAUGGAGAACCUUUAUGAUGCCGGCUUGGUUCGUCAUUUGGGCGUGGCCAACUUGGGCGUUGAUGCUCUUCGCGAUCUGGAGGGCAAGAGUCGCCGCCGGCCCAGUGUCGAUCAAUUGGACGUUCGCACGAGCGGUGCACCCGCUUCCGACGAGCUGCGUGCGUAUGCCCGAGAGCAAUCUAUUCGCCUCCAGGCCCACCACGACGCUGGCGCCACCCUCACAAAAGAGGAUUUUCAGCACAUCAUGAACAAGGUUCUCCGUGGCCACGAGGCCUUUACGCCAAACUCCACGACACCAACCUCCAUGACCCCGUGCAGCUCGCCACCCCGCUCGCCACCUGCCAGUAUGCGGCACCCAGAGACAACGCUGACAAACAGCGAUGGCGAUUCUAUCAACGUUCAGUGGCAACCACUUUGGGUUAUGCGUUACACCGUCGUCGACACGCCCCGAGCGGUUGUUGAGAACAUUGGCUACGUCAUUUGCGGUCGCUUCGCCAUGUCCUCGUGA